CUCUGAUUUUCUCUCUCACACACAAACACACACACAAAUACACUUGCUUACAUAGAUUACAUUAUACCCACCACAACACUUGACACCCUACACUUCUCUACAGAAUCUAUAAACCCAAUCAACAAAUCUCUCUCUUCACGUUUCUCAUCCCUCUCUCUCCUCUCUCUCUCUCUCUCUCUCUCUCUCUAACGUUUCUGAACUAUCUUGAUCUGGGUUUUUUGCAGUCAUUUCCAAGAUCACAUUUUUUUUCCAGCUUCAAAUCCAAUUCUCGCGAUUAGAUAUUAAUCUUGAUUCUGAGCUUUUUUGGUGGUUCCCGGAGUAUCUGGUCGGCGGCGCGUGGUUUAGCAGAUUCACUCUUAUGGAUUUCUCGAAAUAUCGAGGACAUUAGUGAUAUUUUUUCUCGAUUCGAAGAAAUAAUGAGGGGUAGAGCAAAGGGAAAGAAGCUAUCCGUGACGAACCAAGACGAUAACGGGAGUGGCGAGGAAGAAAAGAUACCUGUACAGAAGCGAAGGGGAAGACCACAGAAGCCGCUUAAAGACGAGAUAUCCGAUGAAGAAGCUCAAAAGCUAGAAGAUGAAGAAGACAGUGACGGCACUACGAAAAUUAAAAAUGGGAAAAAACGGAAAAGAAAUAAUAAUAAUAAUGCAACUGAAAAAGUGAAGGAAAAAGUCGAGACGGUACUGAAAGAGGAAAAUGGAAACGGGGAGAGACCGAGCAAUGAGGAGUCGAGCAAAAAAUCGAUUGGUUUUCGGCAAAACGGGAAUAGGCGAAAGAGUAAGCCUCGUAGAGCUGCCGAGGCUGUUGUUGAAUGCAACUGAGGGAAGUGAUUUUCUUAGCUUCUUGUUUUUGGUUUUGUUCGAUUCGAUUCGUUUCUUCUCAUUUUUGGGCUCAUUUGAAUUUCGUGUACUUGUGACGAUUCUUUUGCAGUAGUAACUGAAAUUUUUUAUGUUCAGACAAUUGCUUUUUAGUGAUUCUUGCAAGAAAUGUACUUGUGAUAU